AUGGAGAACAUGUUGAAGAGUUUAGUGGAGGGCAUCAAGAAUAAUGGUCACAAAAGCAGUACAGAAAAUGGUAAGAAGAUGAAAGGGAGAGUGGUUUUGAUGAAGAAAAAUGUGUUGGAAUUGAAUGACUUCACUGCUGCUGUUGUUGAUGGGAUUGAUGAGUUUCUUGGUAAAAAAGUAUCUAUUCAGCUCAUCAGUUCAUCAUCCCAUCGUUCCUCAGGAAAAGUGUUGACGGGGAGAAUGGGGAAUCCUGCAUUCUUAGAAAACUGGAUUUCUAAGGGCAUUGACAACUUAAAAGCCGGCGAAUCGGCUUUCGAUGUGACAUUUGAUUGGGAUGAAGAAAUUGGAAUUCCAGGAGCUAUCAUUGUGAAGAAUCUUCACCAAAAUGAGUUUUACCUCAAGACACUGACUCUUGAAGGUGUUCCUGGAGGCCAUGAUCACAUUCAUUUUGUUUGCAACUCUUGGGUUUAUCCAGCUGAAAAAUAUGAAACAGAUCGGAUAUUCUUCUCAAAUCAGGCAUAUCUUCCAAAGGAGACACCAGCUGCAUUGCAAUGGUACAGAGAACAGGAAUUGGCAAGUUUGAGAGGAAAUGGAAGUGGAGAAAGAAAGGAAUGGGACAGGAUUUAUGAUUAUGAUUAUUACAAUGAUUUAGGAGACCCGGAGAAAGGUUCAGAUUAUGCUCGUCCAGUCCUUGGAGGAUCUGUUGAGUAUCCUUAUCCGCGUCGAGGAAGAACUGGAAGACCACCUACCAAGACAGAUCCUAAAACUGAGAGUAGGUUGCCACUGCUCUUGAGUUUAAACAUUUAUGUUCCGAGGGAUGAGAGAUUCGGACACUUGAAGAUGUCGGAUUUUCUCGCUUAUGGAUUGAAAUCGAUUUCUCAGCUCAUUCUGCCUGAGAUUCAGGCUCAAUUUGACAGCACACCAAAUGAAUUUGACAGUUUUGAAGAUAUGAUGAAGAUCUAUGAAGGAGGGAUCAAGCUACCUCAACAGAUCACUGACAAUAUCUCUUCUGAUUUUCUCAAAGCCCUCCUGCCAACGGAUGGCGAAAGACUAUUUAAAUACCCAAAGCCAAUGGUUAUCAAAGAGGAUAGAUCAGCAUGGAGGACUGAUGAAGAAUUUGCUAGAGAAAUGCUGGCUGGAGUAAACCCUGUCAUAAUAAGUGGACUCCAAGAGUUUCCUCCAACAAGCAAGCUAGAUCCUAAAGUCUAUGGAAAUCAAACUAGCACUAUUUCCAGAGUUCACAUAGAGGGCAACUUGGAUGGAUUGACAGUGGAAGAGGCAAUCAAAUCGAAUCGUCUAUUCAUAUUGAAUCACCAUGAUACAAUUAUGCCUUAUCUAAGGCGAAUAAACGCUAGAACAACAAAGACGUAUGCCUCCAGGACACUGCUCUUUCUCCAAAAUGAUGGAACAUUGAUGCCAUUAGCCAUUGAACUAAGCCUACCACAUCCUCAUGGCGAUCAAUUUGGUCCCAUUAGCAAAGUAUACACACCUUCUGAACAUGGAGUUGAAAGCUCGAUUUGGCAACUGGCUAAAGCUUAUGUUGCUGUAAAUGACUCAGGCAUCCAUCAGCUUAUAACACAUUGCCCUGAGUAUGAAGAACUGAAAACCAACCCUGAUAAGGUUUUCCUGAAAACUGUCACAGCCCAACUCCAGACUCUGUUAGGUCUUUCCAUUAUUGAGGUUUUGUCGACUCAUACUUCUGAUGAAGUGUAUUUGGGACAACGAGAAAACCCAGAAUGGACAAAGGAUUCACAACCACUUGAAGCUUUUAAGAGGUUUGGAGAAACACUGGCUGGAAUUGAGGAAGAAAUUGUGGAGAUGAAUGCGGAUGAGAAAUGGAGAAACAGAGUUGGACCAGUUAAGGUUCCAUACACAUUGUUGUUCCCUUCAAGUGAAGUUGGAAUAACUGGGAAAGGAAUUCCCAACAGUAUAUCAAUUUGA